AUGCUCGUUCGUGCGCUCUGGGAGUUCUGCCCAAAAACCUGUCUUAGGUUCAAAUGGCAGCACACUUUUAAUCGAGCACUAAUUGGACUGCAAGCAGGGGAAUGUGGAUUUUUCGGUGUGCCAUUUGGAUGCAUGACAUCUUCAAGAGAGAAACACUGUGACAGAUAUUUGAUGACCUCUCGUGACGUUUAUGGUGGUUAUGAUGCGGCUUUCGGCUCAUGCAGUGCUAAUGGAGAAAAGCGUGAAAGCCUUGCUGUUUCAUCGCUUCUUCUUCUAGCCGUAUCAGAUUUGUUGUCCUAG